UUUAUGUCUAAUAUAUGAAUCAAAACCAGUUAAGAAGCACUGAAAAAAAAUCAAGAUCCUCUUACCUGAACAUCCUCUCAAUUGUGUUCUUAUUUUACCCUUAAACCAUCAAGUUAGACAUCAUGACUGAUGGCAAUGUUAGUAAGUUUGGUCAUGUUGAUUGAAACCUUUGAGCAUGCGAUUGCAUCUGUAAAAUAAGAAUGAUUGACUGCAGACAAUUAAGAUAUUUGACGUCAUCACUAUUGCAAAACUCUUGGGUAAACUUGAGUUAGAAAGAAGAAAUCGAGGAAGGCCAGACGAUUGAUUUCCCCAGACGUUGCACCAGGAAGGUGAUACGAGCAGCUGGAUUGAGAGCCGUCAUCGUUGAGUCGAAUCUGGAAGCGUUUAAGUCGGUUCGAGGUUCACCAGCCGGUUCAGUCUUUACAGUAAAUCCACAGUUUGACAUUUCGGCUCUUGUGGGUUUUACAGCGAGUAGAUUCACUUGCACUGCGUCUGUAAUAGUUUCUGGAAAACUCAAGAACUCGUUCAGAUAUCCUGAAGGUGAAAGAUCAGACGUCCCCAUGGAUUUGUUGACUUUGAGAGCUAUCGAGCUCUUGUGCGUUUGGCUUUGGGUCUUGGGGCAAUUUCUCAGAUUUCAACUGGAUUAGAGGAGUCUUAGGUGCACCUCAACUAAAGUUCAUUGCAGGAUAAAAAAGUCAAUCACUGACUACAAAGAUUGGGGAAAAGAUUUUAAUACAGGUGAAAAUCCCUUUGUUGGUAAUGGAGAUUUGAAUACAGGAAUAUAAACUUGACAAGCUGCGGAAAUAACUCAACUUUCACAUUGACGUACAACCUAUUCACAGCUAAACUGACUCCAUAUGUAGACAUGAUAUAUUGUAUUAAAUGUAAUUGCUAUGGAAUGGACAGAAAGGAAAAGUGUAUACGCAAGGGGCUCGUUCAGUAGUAUCCUUGAACCAUAAACUAUUCCGGUCGAGACUUUAAAGAUGUAAUAAACUCAAGAUACACAGAUUUCCCUCAGGGCCAAAUAUGGUUGAACAAAUGCAGCAUCUUUCGGCAGUUUCCGCCCCCCGAAUGUUUAAAAGAGUAAACACAGAGUGCUGGCCGCAGAGGAAUGCAUUAAUGACACUCAAAUGACAGGUGUUUGACUUCAAAACAUGCUUUGAAACCGAAUCUGCAGCCCUCCACCGCUGCUCUGUCGUUUGAUGGUUUCUGUGGUCCAAAUUACUGUAGGGUAACUGGACAGUCUCACGUCUGACAGAAAGGAUUAAACACGUUAAUAAAUGCUAAAAAAUAUCUUCUUAUUGAGUAUUGUUGUCUUGUUUUCUGGUAAGAAAAUGUCGAAACAUCCUUAAAACAAGAAACAAAUAUUUGAAGCAAAAUGGUAAAUUAUACUAAGUCUUGUUUUCAGAGAAAUCAAACUAAAUUUGGUGGGAUUUAUGCUUGAAGCAAGUAAAAACUAUUUGCCAAUUGGGCAAGAAUAAUAAUCUUUUUUGCCCUUUGAAUCGAGAUUUCUUUUUACCCCUUUGGCGAAUCGUUUUUUCUUGUUUUUUGCAUAAAAGUCACAAACAGGACAAAAUAUUAAACCUCAUUCUGCUUCUCAAGUAAAUUGAUCUUGUUCUGGUGAACAAGACAAAAAUAUGACUCAAAUGAUGAAUAGUUUAUCAGGUACAAUGACAAUAAAGACACCAAAGAUUUGUUUCAAACCCUUUUUACUGAGCACAAAACAAUCUGAGCUUUUAAAAAGAGGAUAAAUGACUGUGAAACUCUAUUGAACUCUAUGUAGACAAAAAAGCCCUAUUUUAAACACUCUUUACUUUGAAAAUGUAUGUGGAUGUCACUCUUUAGACCCCAUAAAGCGUCUCUUUCAAGUUAGAUUGAGCUCACAGUUGUUAGAUUUGAAAUUCGAGAUAUUUUCAGCUGAGUAAUUGUGUUGUAUUGAUGUGAGCAACUCAACACCAUCUUUUCACAUGUGUUCAUUUGAGGGUGUUUGAUAUUUUAGCUGUUAGUAAUUUAUUCUUUUGUGGGACUUUAAAGCUGUUUGUAUGCUUAGGUUUGAUUAUUUGAGUUUGAAUCCAUCCUGGAGCUCAGAAAACCACUUUCAUACAACCAAACAUUCCAGAUUGUGGCAUUAAAAUCUCUAAAGUGAAAGCACCUGGAUGAAUCUCACGAAAACUGUCAAGAAAAUGUCAUGGUCCUAUUUUAAUUGAAAAUAAAAAGAAACAAACACAAAAUAAGCUUUUACAAAUAGAAAAGAUAAUUUUCUACUUGUUACUUAUUUUUGUACUUUUUACUUAUUUUCGUAUUUGUACUUAUUUUCAUGAGUUAUGCACAUUUUACCCCCCAGUUCUCAUUACCACAACAUGAAAAUAUGGUUAUUUCUCAUUACGGUAAUGCAAAAAAGAUACAUGAUUUAAAUUGUAUUUAUAAUGCAGUAUUUUUAUUUAUUCAAUACAGUAAUAAUGAGUGUUGCGGUAAUGACAAUCAUCUUUGAGAACAAUAAAAACAGUCAAAUUAAAACGUCCCAUUGUGUUGCGGUAAUGAGAAUCACCUUUGAGAACAAUAAAAACAGUCAAAUUAAAACGUCCCAUUGUGUUGCGGUAAUGAGAUUCAUCUUUGAGAACAAUGAAAACAGUCAAAGUAAAAUGUCCCGUUGUGUUGCGGUAAUGAGAAUCAUCUUUGAGAACAAUGAAAACAGUCAAAGUAAAACGUCCCGUUGUGUUGUGGUAAUGACAAUCAUCUUUGAGAACAAUAAAAACAGUCAAAGUAAAACGUCCCGUUGUGUUGUGGUAAUGACAAUCAUCUUUGAGAACAAUGAAAACAGUCAAAGUAAAACAUCCCGUUGUGUUGUGGUAAUGACAAUCAUCUUUGAGAACAAUGAAAACAGUAAAAGUAAAACGUCCCAUUGUGUUGAGGUAAUGAGAAUCAUCUUUGAGAACAAUGAAAACAGUCAAAGUAAAACGUCCCGUUGUGUUUCGGUAAUGAGAAUCAUCUUUGAGAACAAUAAAAACAGUCAAAGUAAAAUUUCCCGUUGUGUUGUGGUAAUGAGAAUCAUCUUUGAGAACAAUAAAAACAGUCAAAGUAAAACGUCCCGUUGUGUUGCGGUAAUGACAAUCAUCUUUGAGAACAAUGAAAACAGUCAAAGUAAAACGUCCCGUUGUGUUGCGGUAAUGAGAAUCAUCUUUGAGAACAAUGAAAACAGUCAAAGUAAAACGUCCCGUUGUGUUGAGGUAAUGACAAUCAUCUUUGAGAACAAUGAAAACAGUAAAAGUAAAACGUCCCGUUGUGUUGCGGUAAUGAGAAUCAUCUUUGAGAACAAUGAAAACAGUCAAAGUAAAACGUCCCGUUGUGUUGUGGUAAUGACAAUCAUCUUUGAGAACAAUGAAAACAGUAAAAGUAAAACGUCCCGUUGUGUUGCGGUAAUGAGAAUCAUCUUUGAGAACAAUGAAAACAGUCAAAGUAAAACGUCCCGUUGUGUUACGGUAAUGAGAAUCAUCUUUGAGAGCAAUGAAAAUGUUGAAAUGCUUAAAUCUUUUAAUUAUUUUGGAGUGUACUAUAAUAAUGUAGAUAAUGAAAUAGAGGGCUUCCAAUCCUUCUGUUAACAUGGCUGAAGUGUUUCUAAGUUCACAUCCCCAGUUUACCCUGUAACUAGAGCAGGUUCUUGGUGCCGAUCUGGACUAUUUAUGUGUUUAAUCAUUUACUGAUGGGUCGUCAGCGUUCCACAAAAAAAGAUCUUACCAGUUGUUACCCAGUUAACCGCUGCAGUGGAGACGGCUCAUCUCUGCAAAAGACACAAAACUCAUGAUCUUGAAACACAUGAAGUCAACAUGCAAUCAUAAUGUACUUUCUAAUACACAUCCCUUAUUGAGAAUGAUUCAUCGGUGCAUGUUAUUCCACAGGCAAAGUUUGUCUUUGUAACAUUUCAUUGACUUUAAAAACGUGUCUGUUUCCCGUUGGACACUUGCACUCUUUCUUUAUUAUCAUUGAUGAUAACUGCAUUGUAUUUCAAUCCCUUCAUUUGACCGGUCUGUAGUUGAAUGGCCAGACUGAGGUGCUCCCACCGGUUUGAGGUGCUGCCAGUGUCCAUGAGUGACAGUCCAUAAAGAGUCCAGAUUUAUUGGUGUCUUUGAAGAGUUUGAGAUGUUCAUGUGGUUUUCAUAAGCAGACACUUGCUCUGUAACGCCGAUGGCAUUCUGCUUUGCAACGGUUUCUGAAAUAUGGCCUCAUCUGAGGAAUUCUGGCUGCGUUAAAUAACAAUGAUCUGACUAUUUCAAGACAAUUUAUUCUUUUUGUUGAAGUACCAAAAGUUACAAUUGUACUACAAUGAUUUUUUCUCACUGUAAUUUCACGUUAUUCUUUGUAGGACUUUAUGCAUCGUACAUCACAUACUUUUGCCGUGUCCGAAAUGGUCCAAUCUUUCACUGAUUCACUAUUAACCACAUAGUGAAUGCAACUUAGUGGAGUAUAUGAGGACACAGUAAACGCACAGACACUAUUGCGCAACGUGCAUGAUGUUAAAUGCACAUGUAUAUUGAAUGACGGAUUGUAACACUUGAAUUCCAAUUUAUCCACAAAUGAGUGUGGGUGUGGCCUCAAUGCUAUUCGUCCAGACGGGAACAGCAUUUUUGCCGCCUGUUUGAACAAAGUCUUUAUUAUGCUAAAAUUGACUCGGGCCACAAAGUUCCGGUCGUUUAGCUCAAAUAAACACUGAGUGUGUGCGCUGGUACAUUGAUGCGUUGCAGCAGGAUCUCGUUGUUUACCGGCUCGUAUCACCUCUGAUGAGUCUUCAAUUUACAUUAGACUAUUCACUCAUGCAACUGGAAUAAAUCGAUGUGUCCAUGUGUGCAGCAAUGAAACCUUUCUACUUUUAUUGUCUUUAAAUGGUGACGAAUUCAUCUGCACGAGCCACGAUGUGGUUGAAUCUCGCCAAAGUCAAAUUUAACCCCCAAAAAAUCAAGGGGUUUUUAUAAUCAUUAUUCUGACUCCUGUAAGGCAAUGCUGUUUAUAAUUAAAAUACCAUGAUGCAAUGCAUUUUAUUCAUGCAAAAUAUCAUUUCUUGUUUCUUUCUUUACAUUUUCAACUUUCUUUUGAUGGUUUGGACACGUUUAGUGCCGUUCUCCUUCAUUUGCUUCUGUCAGCGUCAGGAUUAAACUUUCUUCAGAUGAAAGACGAGCUGUAAAUCUAAACUUCAGCAGCUCAACACUAACAGCAUUAAAGGUAAAGUCGUGUGUUAGAUGUUGUUUUGCCUCAUCAUAUGAACCAGCUUCAGAUUUAAAACGACACAUCAUCUUUAUCAGACUGACCUCAAUCAGAGCCGAGCGAUGUGGAGCUCAUUUCCUCCUGAUGAAGAUGAUGUCGUCCUUCAUCCAUCUGGCCUUCAGUUCUGUAUUAGUGAAGUUUAACUCUGAUCUCAGUAUCAUCAGACACGAGU